AUGUCGACGACGCAACGGGAAGAGGACAUCAAGAUGAUGCUGGCCGCGCAGGUCCACAUUGGGACGCGCAAUGCCGACUCGAAGAUGGCCGACUACAUCUGGCGUCGUCGCAACGAUGGCGUUCAUAUUAUUAACGUGGGCAAGACGUGGGAGAAGCUCAUGCUUGCGGCGCGCGUGAUCGUGGCCGUGGAGAACCCGGAGGACGUGAUUGCGAUCUCGGCCCGUCCGUACGGCCAGCGUGCAGUGCUCAAGUUUGCGCAGCACACGGGCUGCCAAGCUAUUGCCAGCCGCUUUACGCCUGGUACGUUUACCAAUCAGAUCACCAAGCAGUUCCGCGAGCCGCGUCUGCUCAUUAUCACGGACCCGCGCACCGACUCACAGGCCGUGCGUGAGUCGUCGUUUGUAAACGUGCCCGUGAUUGCGUUCUGUGACUCGGACUCGCCGUUGCAGUUUGUGGACGUGGCCAUCCCAGCCAACAACAAGGGCAAGCUCUCGAUCGGUUUGCUGUACUGGCUGCUUGCGCGUGAGGUGCUGCGUCUGCGUGGUACGAUCUCUCACUCUUUGCCGUGGGACGUGGUCGUUGACCUGUUCCUGUACCGCGACCCGGAGGAGCUCAAGAAGGCCGAAGAAGCGCAGGCUACUGCAGCUGAAGAGGCCCCAGCUCGCAUUGGAUGGGGUGAAGCUUCGCAGACUCCUGCUGAGCCGUCGAUGUACGCGGCGGAGCCUUCAGUGCCUGUUGCGGGUAUUCCUGAGGCGUCUCCGGCUGGCAACUCGGAGUGGUCUGGCGAAGCUGGUGCCGCAGCGAGUAGCUCUAACUGGGACGCUGUGGUCCCUCCUGCUGCGUCCAGCAGCUGGGAAUAG